AUGGGUGGCUGUGGCUUCUUAGGCGGAUGUCUUCCAACAAUAUCCCUUCCAUCAAUCUCUUUCGGAUGUGGUCGUUUCUGUCGUCGAGCUAAAGGAGCAAAAACAAUCUCUGGAGAAGACAUUCAACAAUUACCUGGUGAUGAAAUACAAGAGGAACCAGAUGUGAUGUUCCAAAAGUGCUGUCAGGAGGCGAGAAUUCCUGGGGCUUGUCUCAACAAAUGCUCCUUUAGAACGUAUACAAAAGAAGCGUUAACAUCAAUGUUCUUCAAGACAGACUCUUGCCCCGUUGAGGCUGCCAUUGACAUUCAUAGAUGUGCCGCUCAAUUGAACGAUCAUCGUGAAUGUUGUUCUCUUCAAGGAAUCGAGAAAACCCUUGCUGGGCCAAAGUGUCAAAUCUUUUGUGAUCUCAGACCGACUCCAAAUGCGACCCGUCUCGAUCCAUCGUAUCUCCCAUGUCUAGAACGUUUUGAGAAUAUCAAAUCGUGCUUCUGGAAUGACGCAAAUCGGCGACAUUUGGAUUACAUGCAAAAAGCUCAUCAAGAAGGCUCGAUUGAUGGAGAGGGAAUGGAAAUUGAGGAAUUUGAAGCCGAAGCCCCACAUCCAUUCUAUCAAUCACCGGCUGAGGGUUUAGCGAUCAAAAGAGUUGUUGUUACAGGAGAUGAUCGGGAAAAGGACUCAAGUCACGAGGUGGACGAGGAUGAUAUUGAGGUACAAAUGAGACGCUUGAAUCGAAAUGAGAACCGCGUGAAUGUGGGAGAUUCACCGAAAAAGCAGCAAUCAAUCGAUCAACACCUUCAGCCAAAUAAUGGAAAUCCCUUCAAUAAACCUUCACCGAGUGAUCGAUCCGGAAAACCCUGGUACAUGUAUGAAGAAAAA